AUGAGCGUGGCUAAGCCUAAAUUAGUGAUUCCAAUACCAGAUACUCGAUUUGAAAGCACAUUUAGAAGGAAAUUGGAUAAAGAAUUGAAUAAGAAUAAUGUUAAUAGUAAUAGUAUAAUCAAAGAUGAAAGAGUUAGAAAACUAUUAUGUUUAGGGAAAGUGAUUUGCCGAGAUGUGAUAUUUAUGCCAUUUGUUCAAGGUAUGUUUAUGUGUGGAGCAUUCAUUUUAAUUAAACCAUGGCUAUUAAAAUUAUUAAGAAAUGGCAAGAAUAUAGGGCGUAAUUUUGUUGAACUCUUUGGUGGACAAAGAAGAGUACGUGAUUAA